GCUGGUCACUGCCGUACUUGACUAGAUUUCGGUAAAAAAUUUAGAAAAGCGCCAUCUGCAAUCCUCUUCCUAAAGUAUUUAAUAUCUUCAAGUGAUAAUAGAUGGCUCUUUAAUCAAAAAUUAACUUCCAUAAAAUAUCACUAAAAUUAUUGAAAUCUAAAAAUUAUUUUAUAUAUUAGUAUUACGUAGGAAAUCUAUCAAUUAUUUUUAUUAAAUCUGUACACUAUUUUAUAUACAUAAAUUAUUUUUCUAUAAUUAUUUUUUUGGUUGGCAAUAAACCGUGCCAACUGCCAAUGCUGAAGUUAGAAUUUGAAUUUUAAUGGCGAGUACAGUACAUACAAUUUGUGUGUUAAGUUUUCGUCCAUUUAAGUGUUUUCUGCUGUUGACUUGCGUUGAUUUGAGUUUUACUCAUCCGCUGUGUUUUCGGUGAAUUAGUGAGUGAGUUGAGCUGUGCUCCUCUGUUUCAUUGUUUCACAUAACUUGCGAAAAGACGCCAUUAGUGUUUAGUAUUAUUUGCGAUAAAGACGCCUUUUUUGUGAUAUUUGUGAAAUAGACACUGUUAUUGUGUUAUUAGCGAUUAGAGACGCUUGUUUGAGUGCAUAUAAUCAUGCCGAGGCGGUGCGAAUUGGGAUGUUCACACAACCCGGGUGUGACACAACAUCAAUUUCCACACCCAGAAAAGAAUCCUGAGUUAUUCAAAGCCUGGGUUAAUAUAGUUGGUGGAAAACUGGAGACUGCAGAUGAUAUCAAAUUUUACAGAAAGCGAGUCAUCUGUGACAUACAUUUUGCAGACAAGUUUAAGAAUCGCAACAACCGUUUAAAUAACAUAGCUGUUCCUACUCUCCAUCUUCAGGGUGCUCCAUCACAAGAUGCUCAUAUGCCUCCUGCAACUCCACAUAUACCAACUGAACUUCCUAUGCCUGAACAUAAUAUAUGGAAUCUGCCUUCUACAUCAAAGCAAAUAGUCACUGGUGCUCCAUCACAAGAUGCUCAUAUGCCUCCUGCAACUCCACAUAUACCAACUGAACUUCCUAUGCCUGAACAUAAUAUAUGGGAUCUGCCUUCUACAUCAAAGCAAAUAAUCACUGCUGCACCUCCCAAUGCGUGUGUUAUAGCAGCAGAACAUAAUUAUUGCAGUAAACAUGGUAUACAACAAAGACGGAAACUUAAAGGAGACAUUACAAUAAAUAUUUUGGUAUAUAGUUGGUGCCGCUCAAUUAAUCGAAUUUUAUCAGGUAAAAUCCAAUAUCGUGAUGAGGAUGAUGAAACUAAACUUUCAGCACAAAUUUAUUACAAUAAACAUAAACAUAAGUAAAUAUGAUUUUUAUUUAAUUCCAGGUCGCCUACUAAGUACUUUCUAAAUGUUCCUACAUAACGUUGUUCUGUUGAGUUGUAGUAAUCUGUGUUGUAUUUCCAUAUUUCAAUAAAUAACUAUUUUCUACA